AUGGAGUUCAUCACCGCCCUGCGGGGCAUGACCUUUGACGACCAGAAGCCCUCCCUCUUCGAGCUUCUGUCGGAGCAGCAGCUGUCGGCCCUGCUGCCGCCCACCCUGCGCUACCUCCUCGUCCACGCCACCCACCGCUCCCCGCGCUACCUCCUGCCGGUGCUCAACUCAUUCGAUGAGGUCUACGCCCUGCUGAUGCUCGUGGUCGAGCGCCAUUACCUGACCACCCGCGGCGGCUCCUUCACCGAGCACUUCUACGGGCUCAAGCGCGAGAAGGCCCUGGCCGACGAGAUCCCCCGCGCCUCCGCCCGCGCCCCGGCCGUCGUCAGGGAUACCCUCAAGCUUGGCAGCGCCGACGUCUGGCGGAACCUCGCCGUCGUGGUCGGCAUCCCCUACCUCAAGAGGAAGCUCGACGAGGGCUACGAGGUGAAUGCGCCGCGCGCCCUGCUGGGCACCGCCUACACCAGCCUGCCGCCGAACGCGACCUGGAAGGACAGGGUGCUGCACUACUACAGGUGGUUCCUGAGGAACGUCUACCCGAGCGUCAACGCCGCCUACUACUUUGCCCUCCUGGCCUUCAACCUGGCCUACCUCUUCGACAACUCCAAAUACCACAACCCCUUCCUGUGGCUGAUCGGCACGAGAAUGCGCAGGAUGGCCGGCGCGGACUACGCCGCCAUCGAGGCGCUGGGCCAGAAGGCCGCGGGCGAGGGCGCAGCCCCGGGGCCCUCCUCCUUCUUCUCCCCGCGGAACAUGGGCUCCAAGGUCCUCUCGAGCCUGUCGGUCCUCCUGCCGACGAGCAUCUUCGCCCUCAAGUUCCUCGAGUGGUGGUACGCGUCCGACUUUGCGAAGCAGCUGUCGCGCAGGGCCGCCGAGAGCCUGGACCUACCCCCGCCCACCGUGUCCGGGGCGGGCCCCACCACCCCGGGCGGCAAGCCGGCGACCGGGGGCGCCGGCGCAGGUGCCGAGGAUGAGGAUGAGGAGGACGAGAAGACCCUUGCUGAGCAUGCGCCCAUUGCUAAGCCCUCGCUGCUACCCAUAUACACCGUCCCCGCGCCCAAGAACUCGGGGCUGUGCCCGAUCUGCAGGGACGACAUCACGACGCCCACGGCGUGCCAGACGGGCGUGGUCUACUGCUAUACGUGCGUGCAUAGGUGGGUGAGCGGCGUCCACCCCAGGCAGGAGGCAUUCAUGGCCGACAAGAAGGGCAAAUGGGAGAGUGGCGAGUCGAGAUGCGCGGUGACCGGAAGGAGGGUGCUUGGGGGCACUGAAGGGCUGAGGCGGAUCAUGGUGUAG